AUGGGGACUGUUCUGAUGAAUGUAGACCCAAACUCAGUGUUCCUGGCUUUGGUUCUGGGUUUGAUAUUUCUGGUUUUGUUUGAAAUCUUGAGGAUCCAUGUUUCCAGAGGCAGAACUCCGCCUGGACCCAGACCUUUCCCUUUUUUGGGAACUCUACCAUAUUUCAUAAAGGACCCAAUGGGAUCUGCCAGAUCAAUCCAUCAGUAUGGGGAGAUGGCCACCGUGUACAUUGGAAGACAACAGGGGAUAGUCUUGAACACACUCCAGCUCACCAAAGAAGCUCUGGUCCAGGAGGGUUCAACUUUUUCUGGAAGACCAGCCUUACCUCUUAUAGACUGGAUAACUAAUGGACUUGGUAUUAUAAUGGUCACAUUUGGUCACUCCUGGAGGCAGCAGAGAAGGUUUGCUCUGCACACGCUCAGGAACUUUGGCCUUGGGAAGAAAUCUGUGGAAGAACGGGUUUCAGAAGAAGGCCGUUACCUGGUUGCUGAGAUGCUCAAAGAAGGAACAACAUUUGACCCCAAACAUGUCAUACAGAAUGCAGUUUCCAAUAUAAUCUGUUCCAUCGUGUUUGGAGAUCGCUUCGACUAUGAUAACAAACGCUUCGCUUACCUGCUGAAAGUCCUCAAUGAAAACUUCAUAUUGACAGGCUCAGCUGGAGCACAGAUGUUCAACUUGGUUCCCAGCAUCAAGCACUUUCCUGGACCGCAUCAGAAGAUGCUUCAGAAUACCAAUGAGUUACUGGGUUUCAUUCGUGAGGAAGUUAAUGAACACAGACAAACUUUGGAUCCAGAAAACCCACGAGACUUCAUUGAUGCCUACCUGCUGGAGAUUGACAAACAAAAGUCCCAGGAGGACUCCACAUUUCAUGAACAGAACAUGUUCAUGUCGACCGCUGACCUUUUCUUGGCUGGAACGGACACAACGGCGACCACCAUCAGAUGGGGACUUAUCUUCUUGAUGGAAAACCCAGAAGUACAAGAGCGAUGUCAUGAGGAGAUUGUUCAGGUGUUGGGUUAUGACGGUCAGCCCAGCAUGGAUGAUCGUGACAAACUUCCAUACACACAGGCAACUGUUCAUGAGAUUCAGCGCUGUGCUAACAUUGUACCUUUUGGUGUCGUUCAUGCAACCACACAGCCGACCAAACUAAGAGGAUACAAUAUUCCCAAGGGAACCAUGAUCAUGACAAACUUAACACGGAUUUUCAGUGAUGAGAAGCACUGGAAGAGUCCGGACACUUUCAACCCUGAGAAUUUCUUAGACGAGAACAGACAUUUCUAUAAACCUGAGGCGUUUAUCCCUUUCUCACUCGGUCCGAGGGUCUGUCCUGGUGAAACCCUGGCGAGGACGGAGCUCUUUCUUUAUAUCGUCACUCUACUACAGCGGAUUCAUUUCUCCUGGCCUCCAAACUCAGAGUGUCCAGACAUGGAUGGAAUCAUGGGUGUAGUGCGAUUCCCUCAUCCCUUCAAAAUUGUCUGCCGUAGUAGAGAUGCCAAAUACUGACCGUCAGCUCGAUUACAGUUAAAAAAAAUAAAAACUUAACACACCAGUAAGACCAUUCCAGGUCACGGAAAGCUGUUAUUAGGUCAUUCAGAGAACUGUCUGCAGCAACAUUCAAUGAAUUUCAUUUGGUGCGCAAAAUCUGCAGAUAUGUCUUGUUAAAAUUUGUGAAGUUUUCAGACAAGAUAUAUUUUGUAUUUACUUUGUCAAGAAUACUUUGGUGUUGAGAUAUUAUAAAUUUUUGUAUUCUGCUGUAAUCAGGAUUUUUUUUUAAUUGAAAGUCCAAAAAAUUUAAACUGUGUAAUCAAAAAUGUAUCUUUAUAUAUUAAUAACCAAUAACAUUAAAGAGUAACAACACA